AAGAAAGGUGUUCUGUUUGUUUUCAACCCUGGCCCCGGCGGAUGCACAGAAGAUUGCUUUCCAACAGCGUUCGCGCGCACCUGCUCAGAAUGCCCAGCUACCAGAAGGCCACCCUUAUCAGCGGCGACAGGCAUCCAAGGAACCUUUUGGACAAAGACAUGUUUUCCAAGUCUGACCCAUUGUGCGUCAUGUACACGCAAGGGAUGGAGAACAAGCAAUGGAGGGAGUUUGGACGCACUGAGGUCAUUGAUAACACGCUUAACCCGGACUUCGUUCGCAAGUUCAUUGUGGAUUACUUCUUUGAGGAGAAGCAGAACCUCCGUUUUGACCUAUACGACGUUGACUCCAAGAGCCCGGAUUUAUCUAAACAUGACUUCCUGGGCCAGGCCUUCUGCACCCUUGGCGAGAUUGUAGGAUCCUCCGGGAGCCGCCUGGAGAAGCCUCUCACGAUAGGAGCCUUCAGCCUCAACUCCCGGACAGGCAAACCUAUGCCAGCCGUGUCUAACGGAAGUGGUCUUUGGAUGGAAAGCUCCAGAGUUACUGGUCCGGAAGCUUCCGGCGGCGUCCCUGGGAAGAAGUGCGGCACCAUCAUUCUGUCCGCAGAGGAGCUGAGCAACUGCAGGGACGUGGCUACCAUGCAGUUCUGUGCCAACAAGCUGGACAAGAAAGAUUUCUUCGGGAAAUCCGACCCCUUCUUGGUGUUCUACAGGAGCAACGAGGAUGGAACGUUCACCAUCUGUCACAAGACGGAGGUCAUGAAGAACACCCUCAACCCAGUGUGGCAGACCUUCUCCAUCCCCGUGCGGGCCCUGUGCAACGGGGACUAUGACAGGACCAUCAAGGUGGAGGUGUAUGACUGGGACCGUGAUGGCAGCCACGACUUCAUUGGGGAGUUCACCACCAGCUACCGGGAGCUGGCACGCGGCCAGAGUCAAUUCAACAUCUAUGAGGUGAUAAACCCAAAAAAGAAAAUGAAAAAAAAGAAGUACGUGAAUUCCGGCACGGUCACCCUGCUUUCCUUUGCGGUAGAGUCAGAGAGCACCUUUCUGGAUUACAUCAAAGGAGGGACGCAGAUCAAUUUCACCGUGGCCAUCGACUUUACCGCCUCUAACGGGAACCCCUCGCAGUCCACAUCGCUACACUACCUGAGCCCCUACCAGCUGAACGCCUACGCGCUGGCGCUGACCGCCGUGGGCGAGAUCAUCCAGCACUACGACAGCGACAAGAUGUUCCCCGCCCUGGGCUUCGGGGCCAAGCUGCCCCCCGACGGCAGGGUGUCCCACGAGUUCCCGCUGAAUGGCAACCAGGAGAACCCCUCCUGCUGUGGCAUUGACGGGAUCCUGGAGGCCUACCACAGCAGCCUUCGCACCGUGCAGCUUUACGGCCCCACCAACUUCGCCCCCGUCGUCACCCACGUAGCCAGGAACGCCGCAGCUGUGCAGGAUGGCUCCCAGUAUUCUGUGCUUCUCAUCAUCACUGACGGUGUCAUCUCGGACAUGGCACAGACCAAGGAGGCCAUCGUCAAUGCUGCCAAGCUGCCCAUGUCCAUCAUCAUUGUUGGCGUGGGCCAGGCUGAAUUCGAUGCCAUGGUGGAGCUUGAUGGGGAUGAUGUACGGAUCUCCUCCAGGGGGAAACUGGCCGAACGGGACAUCGUUCAGUUCGUGCCCUUCCGGGACUACGUGGACCGCACAGGCAACCACGUGCUGAGCAUGGCCCGCCUGGCCCGGGACGUGCUGGCCGAGAUCCCCGACCAGCUGGUGUCCUACAUGAAGGCGCAGGGUAUCCGCCCGCGCCCGCCGCCCCCGGCGCCGGCUCAGUCCGCUCCACAGUCCCCAUCCCGCUCAGCGCCCGAGUCCCCCCUGCACACAGAGAUCUGAAGCCGCAGGACCCCGGGGCUGGAGGGUAAGCUGAGGCCCCACUCUGUUUUUGUGGUCGCCUUCCCAGUCUCCACUCAGGGCCGGCAGGAGACGGGGCAUGCAGGGCCCCAUCUCCCACCCUCUAGACUCAACCUCCCACCCAGAUCCAGGGAACUGGAGGUGGGACAGAAGUCAGGGGGGACACAAAGUUCUGGGGUUGCGUGGACUCCCCUAGCCCAUACCGUACGACCCCAAGACGCCCCUGUUCUUGCAGCCCAGCUGGGCCUCCUCCAGCUCCCCUCCCCUCCUGACCUAGUGUGCGGUGUCCCCAGUCCACGAGAUCCCUCGUCCUGUUUCCAGGGAACCCCAGGCUGGUGGGAGCCCAGGGCUGUGUGUGAUCCUCCUGGGGACAGCAUACGUAAGCGGAGCCGUGGGCCGUCAGGGGCCGCGGUAGAGGCCUGUUGGCAGAGCUCCCUCACCAUCCUCAGGGGCCUGGUGGUGUGCUAGAAUGUUCUAGGUACAGAUCUGCGGCCUCACCCGGAUGCCACAGUGUGUCACCUGGAUGGCACGGGUGGCCUGGGGCCCCGAAACGGCUCCUGCUCAACUCGGAGGCCGCUCGCCUGCCAGGAACAGGCCCAGCCCCUGCGCUCAAGCCCACAGGCUCCUGCUCUCUGUUGUUCAGUGGCUCUGGGACCAGAGAAGGUGGACGGUGGCCCUGGGCACCAACCUGUCCCCACCCAGCACAGCCUCUGCUCUCUGGGCCUCGGUGUCCACACCUCUGUGAGGACAGCAUCGGUCAGGGGGUCCAGCGUUUCCCUAGCCGUCCAUUCCACACACAGCCUCCCCGCCCCCUCCUCACGGCCACCAUCCACACCCAGGCCGUCUGGGGUCACCCUGUCGCAGCCUGUCACCCCACACCCUAGCCCCCCGGAGCUCCUGCCCCUGCUGCGGGAAGGUCGACAGGGGGUUUUCACCUAAGGCCGCUCACCCCACCGGCCACCAUCAUCCUUUGUCCACUGGGGCAGGCUUGCAUGUGCCGCAUGGGGUCCCCGCCUGCCGUCUCCCCGCCCACCCGCCUCUGUCAUGCAUGGUGAUGGUGAUGAUGUUUCUACUGUCUGGUCCUGUGCCUGUCCGAGACCGUCUCUGUGGAACUUGCCUUAAACUGAAAUAAACCAGUUCUUUUA